GAAAUAUAAAAACGUGCCGAAAACCAUCGACUGAAAUAAAUGAAAUUUGCUACUUAUCUUAAAUUACCUAUAAUUUCGAAGGAAUGAAAUUCAAUGGAUUAGUUUGAAGGUUGUUGUUAGUUCGAAAUGAUGUUUUUAUGGCAGGCUUGUGUUUUUAUUACAUAUACUAUUGUUGAAGCAAAUCACGAAUGCGGUUAUCAGAAUGCUCGUUGUUAUCAAAAAAAUAUUUACGCCAGAUCUGUUGACGGAUCUUGUAAUAAUAUAGAUCAUCCCAAUUGGGGAACCCAAUUUUCUGUCUACGAUAGAUUAGUACCAGCAAAAUACGGAAGAAAAUUUGCAUUGGCGCACUCAAAAAAUGGUAAACCGUUACCUAGCGCUAGGUUAAUAUCGACUACUCUUUUCCUGGACGAAACUUCUCCAGAUCCGGAUUUAACGAUUAGUGCUGUUCAGUAUGGUCAAUUGGUAGCACACGAUUUGAGCGAGGCUUUCAUAGUUGGAGAUCCGUUAUCAUGUUGUACUUCAACAUUUCAAGAAAAGGAUCAUAUGCCGAGUAAUUGUAUACCUAUUAAAAUUCCUCAUGAUGAUCCCAAUUAUUCGAUAAUAAAUGCAACUUGUUUAUCAAUGAUGAGAUCUCAAACCAAUCAGGAGCGUGGAUGUUCUCUUUAUCUACAAAACAUUUCACAGAUAUCAGGAGUUACUGCUUUCUUGGAUUUAUCGAAUGUAUAUGGUAAUACCGAGGAAGAAUCUCGAAGUUAUAGAACUCAAAAAAACGGAUUGCUUCAACUUAACGUCCGAAAUCAUCGGGAAUGGUUACCAGAAGCCAAUGACAAAGAAUUAAUGUGUCCUUUUCUACCUAAGGGCGAAAGAUGUUAUCAAACAGGUGAUGAUAGAGCGAAUCAACAUCUCAAUCUCGUGAUACUACAUACAUUAUGGCCAAGAGAACACAACAGAUUAGCGCGAGAACUUUCUAGAAUAAACCCACAUUGGAACGAUGAGAAACUUUUUAAUAUAGCAAGAAGUAUUGCUAUAGCAGAACAUCAAUAUUUAACUUAUUAUGAGCUUUUACCCAUAUGGACUUCAAGGAAUCAGCUACUUCAACUUGGAAUUAUCUCCGAUUCUGAUAAUUUUAUCAACGAUUAUGAUGGAAAUAUGAGACCGCAUAUUUAUAACGAGUUUGCCCAUGGGGCUUUCAGGCAUUUUCACUCUAUGAUACCCGGUACAUUACAGCUCGCAGAUUCGUCUGGGUGUCCUUAUAGAACAUUGGUUCAGAGAGAUUAUAUGUUUAGACCGAAUUGUUUAGAAAGAAGCGAUAUAUUCGAUUCUUUGUUACGAGGUAUGACCACGCAACCAUCUCUAACUCCCGAUGCAUUUACCGAUCCCGAACUUACCAAUUUCUUUUUUGCGAUGACAUACAAAUUUGGUUUCGAUAUGAAGGCGCUAGAUGUGCAGAGAGCACGAGAUCAUGGUUUGGGUUCAUACAAUGAUUUACGAGAAUUUUGUGGCUUGGGACGAGUACAGAACUUCAAUCAACUGUUAGACGUUAUGGACCUCACAUCAGUGGAAAAACUGGGUCAUCUAUAUGAUUACGUAGACGAUAUAGAAUUAAUCGUGGCUGGAUCUCUGGAAAAGCAAGUUCCUGGUACUUUACUAGGACCGACAUUUUUGUGUAUAUUUUACGAACAGUUUUACAGAACUAGAAAAUCCGAUAGAUUUUUCUUCGAGAAUACUCAUAGCGGAUUCACGCGUCUUCAAUUGGAAGAGAUUAAAAAAUUUAGUUUUUCCCGAUUCAUAUGUGAUAACGGUAAUAACGUAACACACAUGCAAAAGAACGGAUUCCUACAAGUUUCUAGCAGUAACCUUAGGCUUCCUUGCCAUCAGAUACCCAGAGUAAAUUUGAACUUAUGGAAAGAAAAUCGUCAAGAAAUAAUUGCCAAGAAAAUUUGAUUAAUGAAGAGAAUUUUUCAACGAAAUUAGUAUAUUGAAACGCAAAAUUAAUUAAAUGAAAGAUCAUUAAUAAAAUGUGGAUUAAA